AUGGGUAAAAAAUAUAUUUCUAAACGAUUGCAAAAUCGCAAUCUUGGAUUCCAACGUUUUAUAAGUACAAAUUCGAUAAAUAACACGGCACAAACAUCAAUUGAGCAUCUAACAACAACAACAGAAAAAAAACUAAGGUUAUCUCGUGCUCAACUUCGUGCUAGAUCAAUUUCAACAACACAAUCCACUACUGAAGACGAAUAUGAACCAACUUUUGUUGAUGAUGAAUCUGAAUCACAUGAUAUUCCAUACAACAGUGUAAAUAUUAUCGUCAAUAUCGGCAUGAUACUCAAUUUGGUUAAUAAAUUCCGUUGUGCUUCGUGUAAUCGUGUUGGUGAAAUGUCAGAAAAAGUUACUCAACGUCGCGGUCUCUUGUACCAUAUCACGUUUUCAUGCACUUGUUCAUUUGAAACAUCUUUUACAAAUUCAACAGAACUGGUUCACUCAUCUACUUCACGUAUGGAUGAACUCAACAUGAUGGCAUGUGUGGCAGCUAAUGUUGCUGGAAUCAAACGAACAGGCAUGACUACAAUUUUAGGCAUACUGAAUAUUUUACCACCAGUUCAAAUUGAAAACUGGAACAAAUAUCAGAAAAUAUAUUCAAAUGCUUUAGAUGUUGUGAAAGAUGAAAGUCUUGGAAGAGCCGCUGAAGAAGCAGCAGAACAAUCAUCUGAAGCUGCUGAUCAUGAAGGAGUUACAAAUAUCAAAGUUUCAAUUGAUGGUACAUGGCUAACUCGUCGUGGUCAUUCUAGUUUGCAUGGAGUCGCAACUGUUUGUUCAACAGCGGAUCCACCAAAAGUAUUAGACUUCGAGUGUCUAAGUCGGCACUGCACCACUUGUUCUGGCUUAUUAGCGAUUAGAGAACACAAUCCUGAAAUGUAUCAACGAUUUUCAGCAGAACAUAUCGAGAGUGGUUGUGAAGAAAAUCAUUCCGGUUCAUCAUCUGGAAUGGAAGCUGCAGGUGUUGUGAAAGUUUUUUGUCGAUCAGAAGUAAAACAUCUUCUACGAUACACAACAUACAUUGGUGACGGUGAUGCCAACAAUGAACUUGCACUUCUCGAUGCUCAGCCAUAG